AUGUUCACUGCCGCCAUGAGUGGCUGCGCCUGGACGGAAUCAGCUGACAUGUUCAGACAUGUCCAAGGAUCAUCGCUGGCGCUCCAUGCGCCAGCUCCGCUCCACCCGCACGGUGAGUCGCAGUUCGCCAGACCAGACCGAGGACAUCGCGCAGUUCAAGACCUCCAGCCGACCAUGUGGUUUGAGACUCUUCGUUUCGUGCGCAAAAGUGGGUUGAAAGUUUUAGUAACUCGCAACAGGUCGAUGACAACAUCAACUUUGGUAGACAGCUUAGGAAAGUCAAAGAAGAACGCCCACAUGUUUCAAUUGUUUGCUUUUUUGCUGGGAUGCGCUGGAUGUGAAAUGAGCUGGAAGCAAGUCGUACGCCUGACAUCACCGUGGAAGACUGUGAAGAUCUUAAAGGAUCAUGCAGAAACAUUUGAAGCGUUUCAAUCGGAAAAAGACACCUAG